GAUAAAAAUAAUUGCCUAUGAUCAAAAAGGAUAUUCCGGAGCUACAUUUCGCAGUUUAGUUUCGUCUUCACAACUUCCUGUUCAUGCUGUACAACUGGAAAAAUAACAAUGCCGGUUUACAAAGUCAAUGUCAAGUGGGGAAAGGAAAAGUUCAGUGAUGUGGAAUGUAACACAGAUGAACCACCCAUGGUGUUCAAGGCUCAGAUAUUUGCUUUGUCGGGAGUUCAACCAGACCGACAGAAAAUCAUGAUCAAAGGAGCUGUUGUGAAGGAUGAUGAUUGGGGAAACGUCAAAUUAAAGGAUGGAGCCAUGGUCAUGAUGAUGGGCAGUGUUGAUGCUUUACCACAAGCUCCAGUAGAAAAGACAAUGUUUGUGGAAGACAUGACAGAACAACAACUGGCUACAGCACUUGAAAUGCCUCCAGGUUUGACAAAUCUUGGAAACACUUGUUAUAUGAAUGCUACAGUACAGUGUCUGAGAGCGAUCCCAGAACUUAAAGACGCCUUGAAAAAGUACACUGGAGGGUUGACUGUGGCAGGUGGAAUUUCCACUGCAGAUUCAAUUACAGCAGCUCUACGAGAUCUGUACAACUCUAUGGACAAAACAGGAGCAGCCAUUCCCCCCAUCAUAUUCCUCCAAGUCCUCCACAUGGCCUAUCCUCAGUUUGCUGAGAAAAGUGAACAUGGUGGAUUUGCCCAACAGGAUGCUAACGAGUGUUGGACAGAAGUUGUAAGAUGUCUACAACAGAAAGUAGAUGUACCACAAGAACUCAUCAAGGAGGGUGCCAAACCCAGUAGUAGAUUCAUAGACCAGUAUCUUGGUGGAGAAUUCCAAGCCACAAUGAAAUGUGAAGAGGCGGAGAAUGAAGUUGAAACAAAGUCUGUAGAGAAAUUCUAUCAGCUCAGCUGCUUCAUAGAAAAAGAUGUGAAAUACAUGCAGACAGGUCUAAGAAAUCGUCUGGAAGAACAUAUAACAAAGAAUUCCCCUUCUCUAGGUAGAGAUGCUGUAUAUAAAAAAUCUAAUAAAAUUAACAGACUUCCCGGAUACUUAGCAAUUCAGUUUGUACGCUUUUACUACAAGGAGAAAGAAUCCAUCAACGCUAAGAUUUUAAAGGAUGUAAAAUUUACAAUGAGUGUAGAUAUGUAUGACCUUUGUACACCAGAACUGCAAGCCAAACUUCAGCCUGCCAGGGACAAAUUCAAAGAAUUAGAGGACAAGACAGCUGAGGAAAUGAUUCAACAAAAAGCCCAAGGCAAGAACACAGAGGAACCCAAGAAACCGACAAAGACGGAGCAGUACUGGUUUCCUGACGACUUAGGAUCAAACAACAGUGGGUUUUAUGAACUGCAAGCUGUGCUGACUCAUAAAGGACGGUCUAGUUCUAGUGGACAUUAUGUUGCCUGGGUGAAAAAGAAAGGAGAAGAGUGGGUUAUGUUUGAUGAUGAUAAUGUAACGAAUGUGACAGCUGAAGAUGUGCUGAAAUUGUCAGGAGGAGGUGACUGGCAUUCAGCAUAUGUUCUACUGUAUGGACCAAGAGUAUUAGAAGUUCCAGUGGAUGAGGGAAGUUGAUUUGACAAAAGCAGUGUGUCCUAACUUACUGCUCCUGGAUUCAUGUAUACCGUCAAUGGCAAAAAAAAGAAGCGCUUUAUUUCUAAUGAACACAUGUGUACCUAUCAUUUCUUUAAAUAUUUUUUAUGCAAAAUAAUAGAAAAGAAGAUCCUGCCUGGCUAAAGGAAAGAUCAGAAACUGCUGCUAUAGUGGAUAUGUUUUAAAUUUAGCAUUACUGAACAUUAAAAUGAAUUAUCUGUUA